GGCAUCUCCCAGCUCCGCCAGGCGGCCCCUUGCCCGGACAGAAGGGGGACACGGCGGAGUUCGCUGCCCGGGAGUCUCCUCACCGGUAAUGCACCGGCCGCACGUUAUUAUGGAGUAAAAGCCGCGCUCCAUGGAAGAACAUGAGUUCCGAUAUGAAGAAGCCUCCAGUAGCCCCCAAACCUAAAAAGGUUGUGGGUCAGAAACCUAGCCCACCACCUAUUGCACCUAAGCCAGAUAUAGUCCAGCCUAAAGUGGUACCAAAAAAAUCAAAGCCCACAAUUGCCCCAAAGCCAAAGGUCGUUAAAGGUUCAUCGGAUGGCAAACAUAACACCAGCAAAUCAAGUACUGAAAUAAAGGAGGAGCACACAAGCUCUGACAACCUCAUCCAUAAACUAGACACGCCAGCCAGUAAUGAAAGCGCCUCCUAUAUUAUUUCACCAUGCUGCUGUGAUACUGACUGCAGCCACAAACUUGAAAAUGUGGAGUACUUGCAGAAAAAUCUGAAAGCAAUAGAACAGCUGGAAAAUUUAGAAAAUAAAAAGAUGUGUGGGCAGCCUAUUCCAUGUGCAAGAACGAGGCGAAAACUUUGUAGUCAGCAGGCAAAACCUUCAAAAAUAAACCAAGUUAGUUUAAAGGCCAGCAAUACAUUCAAGGGCGUAUUAACACAUAAUGUCCUUGUUAAUGGUUAUACCUGCAAGCUAGAAGAUGCUGAAGAAGACAUCAAGAACACCAGUUUCAACAGUUCUUGUGGUAAUACCGAAAAUGGUAGCAAGUCCCAUCAUCAACCUACUGCUUCUUUUUCCAAUGGUGUUUCUCCAUUUCAUUCAGUUUCUGAAUCCAUGGAUAACGUGAAACAUUACAAUGGUUUUUUACCUGACAACGAACCAUUAAAUACAGAAGGCAAUGCAAAGGUCAACUUUGUACCACGGACCCCUCCUCCUCACAAAAAGCUACCUGUUCCAAAACCAAGGAAGCCACGCAAACCAUGUUUAGUGCGACAAGACUGUGUGGAUAGAACUGCAGAAAGUAGUGAGAACGGUGUUCAAACAAAUGUUGAACAGGUACAAAAUGGAGUUGACCAUUCCACAGAACACACUGAUUGUUCUGAUAGACCUGUAGCAGACAGGGAAGUCCACCUAAAUUGCAAAAGCAUGUGUAGUAAAGAUCAAAAUGGAGAUUUGCAUCAGAGUUCGGGUAUUGUAUUGACUCCAAAAGUUACAGAUAGAGAAAGAACUGGGACACAUGUUGAAGAACUAACAAAUUGUGAAGAAAGCAGCAACUUUAAAAGGUGUAGUACUCUAUCCAUGAGUUUACCGAAGCAGCUGAAACUUAUUUAUGAACAGCAAUCGCCUGGAAAGUAUACUGCCACAGAAAAGAUUCAUGGAAAUGUACCUACUGUGAGUUCACCAAGAGUUGCCCCUAAGAAGCCACAAAGAUACAGUUUACCUGCAGCUGGCCUGCUCAAAAAAGCUGUUUCAGAGGAGAAACUCCUGAGUUCCAGCAAUGAGGGUCCUUCAGAUGGCGCCACAGGACGUGAAGGAUUAUGCUUGACUUCUGAGAAACCAGUAUGGAAGUUGCAGCACCCAAUUUUACCUUUCUUAGGUAGUCCAGAGACAUUAAAGACUUCAAAUAAUGAAACCCCUCAUCUCCUGACCAAGCCUAGGGCUAAAUCUUUAUCUUCUGUUGAUAUGGAUAGAAUAGAAAAACCCUUGCCUGACAGUCCUAAAAAAAGCUCCUUAAAGAAGUUGCUAAACCUGAAGUUAUCUGUAUGUCUUAUAAAAAGUGACUUUCAGAAAUUUCUUUCCCGGGGCAAUCUUCUGGCAGACAAUGUAACAUCGGAUAUAUUUUCUUGUACUGGGCACUCUACAUCCCCCACUUUAGAGAAAAAGAUGAAACCUGCAAAAGCGCAAUCUGCUGAUUCUUUCAGUCCUUUAUCAAGGAAAAGGCAGAAACAGAAGAAUGAGCUUAACAUUGAGAACGACCCGGCCUCUGCGUCUUUAGAUGAGAAUCUGCUUGUAACCCACUCUGCACAGGUAGCAUCUUCACUGGAUAAAUCAGACCUUGACAUGCCUGAAUAUGAAAAUAUUUGUCACUAUGAAGAAAUCCCAGAAUAUGAAAACCUUCCGUUCACUCUAGUAUCAGAUGUAACUGAAUGGGACGCAACAAUUUAUGAAGUGGAAGACCCGAAUGAAGCUAGUUCUUCAGCGCCCAUACAUGUCACCCACAGUGAGCCAUCACAAGAAGAUCCUGAUGAUGAUGAUUUGGGCUUUGCUCACUCUGAUGAAGAGGAAAUUAUAAAUAGCUCAGAUGAAGAUGACUUCAGCUCUGACUCUAGCAAAACUGAUCUUGAUAACCUGGAAGAGAAAUUGGAAAAGAAGCCAAGACUAAAGACCAAGAUUUAUUACAUUGCCAAGGAGAUCAUGAGCUCAGAAAAAGUGUUUGUGGAUGUCCUUAAACUCCUGCAUAUAGAUUUCCGCUAUGCUGUGGCUCAAGCUUCCAAACAUCUCGGGAAGCCAGUGAUUGAGGACAAGUCCCUAAACCAGAUCCUGUACUACCUGCCACAGCUGUAUGAACUGAACAGAGAUGUACUGAGAGAGCUACAGGAGAGGAUGUCUCAAUGGAGUGAGCAACAAAAAAUAGCUGAUAUUUUUGUGAAGAAAGGUCCGUACCUCAAGAUGUAUUCUACAUAUAUUCGAGAAUUUGAUCGGAAUGUGUCAUUACUCGAUGAACAAUGCAAGAAAAAUGCUGCUUUUGCUGGAGUAGUUAAAGAUUUUGAGAUGAGCCCUCGCUGCGCAAACUUGGCUCUGAAGCAUUAUUUACUUAAACCGGUUCAAAGAAUUCCUCAGUACAGAUUACUUUUAACAGAUUACCUCCAGAAUCUGUCACAGGAAUCAUCAGACUACAGUGACACACAGGCUGCCUUGAGUGUUGUCAUUGAAGUUGCUAAUCACGCCAAUGACAUCUUGAAGCAUUGGGACAAUUUUCAAAAGCUUAUGCAGAUUCAGUACAGCCUGAAUGGUCACCAUGAGAUUGUCCAGCCAGGGAGAGUUUUUCUGAAAGAAGGGACUUUGAUGAAGCUUUCCAGGAAGGUCAUGCAGCCACGAAUGUUUUUUUUGUUCAAUGAUGCUUUAUUAUAUACAACCCCUGUCCAGUCAGGAAUGUAUAAACUGAACAACAUGCUCUCUUUGGCUGGGAUGAAGGUGAGGAAGCCGACCCAAGAGGCCUAUCAGAAUGAGCUGAAUAUAGAAAGUGUGGAGAGAUCCUUCAUUUUGUCUGCCAGCUCUGCCUCAGAGAGAGAUGACUGGCUCGAGGCAAUUUCUGCAGCAAUAGAGGCUUAUGCCAAGAAGAAAAUUACCUUCAAUCCCACUAAAAGUCAAGAAGAGACUGAUCCUGAAGAGGAAGGAGAUAAAACUCUUGGAUCAAAGGCACCAAUAUGGAUUCCUGAUGGCAGAGCCACCAUGUGCAUGAUCUGCACUAGUGAAUUUACUCUGACCUGGAGAAGACAUCACUGCAGAGCAUGUGGAAAGAUUGUGUGUCAGGCCUGCUCAACAAACAAGUACAGCCUGGAGUAUCUGAAGAAUCAUUUGGCACGUGUAUGUGAUCACUGCUUUGAAGAACUUCAGAAGAAAGAUAGCCAAUGCAUGGCAAAGACGGUCUCACCUGCAAACCACAAGUCCCCUUCUAGUGCACUUUCAUCGGUUCUGCAUAGUAUUCCAUCUGGGAGGAAGCAUAAGAAAAUCCCUGCGGCUCUUAAAGUGUCGGCCAGCACAGAGGAUUCCACAAUGAGUGGUUACUUACAUAGAUCAAAGGGCAGCAAAAAGCCUUGGAAACAACUGUGGUUUGUCAUAAAGAACAAAGUCUUAUACACGUAUGCUGCUAGUGAGGACAUUGCAGCCCUGGAGAGCCAACCGCUUCUAGGAUUCACAGUUCAAGUAGUAAAGGAAGAUGGCAGCGAAAAUAAAGUCAUUCAUCUACUGCACAAAAACACUUUAUUUUACGCUUUCAGAGCUGACGAUGUGCACACUACUGAAAGGUGGAUUGAAGCAUUUCAAGAAGGAACAGUAUUGUAAUAUGGUCAAGAACACUACAGUCAGCAAUAAUGUUUUGGAUUAUUUUGUACGUUUCCACAAGUCUUCAUACCCCGUUUUUCAGUCUUUUCCGUGUCUGUAUAUUAGUUUGUUGAACCCUGUGUACAUAUUAUUUAUUAAAUCACAGUUUUGGACUCCAUCAGUUUACCAAUAGACCAGAUACACCCAAGACUGACAUUACUUGUACAUAUAUAGGAAUAUUUUAUUGAAUUGUCCAUGUUUUUAUACACACUAUAUUUUACAUAAAUGUUUGGAGAACUUAA